AUUCUCCACCUUCUAAUCUCUCUUUAUUCUCUCUCUGUAUACUCUCUCUCUCCCUCUCCAUCUGUUGAACGAAAUGGGGAAGAAGGUGGAGAUGAAGAAGAUAGAAGACGUGACGAAGUGUCAAGUGACCUACUCGAAGCGCAGAAGCAGCCUCAUCAAGAAGGCUCACGAAAUCUCAGUCUGCUGCGCCAUUGAUGUGGCCUUCCUUGCAUUUUCACCAUCUGGUCGCAUUAGCAAGUUCUCCAACAAAACUAGGAUUGAAGAUGUGCUUGAUCGUUACAUUCAUUUACCAACAGAGAAGAGAUAUCCCCUCAUAAAGAACCUUGAGAAGAAGCAAGAGAAGCUAAAAGAACUUGAACAGAUAAAGGGUGAAACCAGCAAAUUGUACCAUCUCAAUAAUCAGUUAAUUUUCUCCUCCUUUCCUCCUCCCUCCCCUUAA